AUGGCCCCAAAGACCUACACCUGGCUCUCUCUGUGGUUCGUACUGAGCUACGGCAUCUCGCUGUGGGAUGCUGUAUACAUCCUUCUACGCCCCCAUUCUCUCCCGGGAGGCAAGUGGCGUCUGCCAUGGGCUGUGUAUGAUGAUUUGGAGUACAUUGACAAGACAUAUGAUAUCAAUUGGUUCUACGAGGGGCACCCGAAGAGCAUUGAAUUGGCGGCCAAAGCGACUGUAACGCUCCCGGAGAUCGGCCUGGCCAUUCUCUAUCUCUACCUUGCCCACACGCGACGGUCCCCUCUCGCACCACUCGUUGGUUUUUCUGCGGCAUUCGCGACCUUGAUCAAGUGUAUUUUGUGGACUCUGGAGGAGAUCUACUGCGGAUGGUGCACCGUUGGUCACAAUUCAUCGUUCAAUAUCUUCACUCUGUGGGGAGUACCCAUGUUAACUUACGCCACCUUCUCGAUGUUGAGCAUGUGGCACCUUGGUGUUGAUAUGGCCGAUGCAUUGUGGAAAUAUUCUCCUGUGGAAAUACAACGCGAAGAGAACGAGAAAUCCUAA